AUGAUUCGUGUAAACUUGCUUGCGUUGUUUUCAACGGUAAUAAUAUGUGGAUUUUGCGGCAAGGAUUUUGUAUCGUUGGGCCGUCACUCGUGGCGCUGUAAAAGCAAAGUGGAAUAUGGGCAAGAAACCAGAGUAAAUGCUAUUCCUGCUAUAGAAAUCCCUUCACAAGAAUGUUUGCCGGUUAAAUCUUACAAGGCUGUUAAAUGUUGCUGCGGUAAAGUCUGCAAAGAGGCGCGCGGUCUUAAAAUGCACCAACGAAGCUGCAGAGUUAUUGAUGACCUUGAAGACGAGCUACAACAACAAAUGUCGGAAGUAUUAACUGAACAUCAGAAUGAGGAUAAUGUAGAUUCAGUUAACCCUGAAAUAUCACAUAUAAACACGAAAGAAAACUUCCCUGACUUAAAAAAAGGAAUCAAACUACCCAAAUCGCCAUUACAAUGGUCAACUGCUAACGACUUUUUCAAACUAACAUUUUCAAAUCUUCCAAUCACACCGCGGGAUUUAAAUAAUAACAUUAACACCAUGGCAACAGUCGUCUAUAACUAUUUCAGCGAGAAUUUUGGAUAUGUCAACAAUCAUAAUGAUGUUCAAUACCAAAGAAGAUAUGAAAGCUUUUCAACUAAAGAUUUGAAAAAAUCAUUAAAGAAAUUAAAAUUAGAAAACGGAGAUAUCUUGGAGAUCAAGUUUGUCGCAAAGAAACUGCGCAACCUUCUUAAUAAGUCUAAUACUACGGACCCAAAUAACACUGAUAGUCAUGCGUCUGCAAAUAUUGAUCACGACAGUCUGAUUGGUAAAAGUUUCUGGGGUUUCGUUAAACGAUUUUUCAAAAAGAAUACUAGCUCAUUUCCAUCAUUUAACCUAGCAGAAUGUACAUCAUAUUUUACCAAAACAUUGUCCGCGAUUAGCCCAACUAAAACAUUCAACAUCCCCAGUUGGAUCCCAAAAUUUGCAUCUCCCCAGACGCCUUUUAAUCUUGACCCCCCGACCUAUCAAGAGAUUACAAAUGUCAUCCGUAAAAUGAAACCGUCUGGCUCACCAUGUCCACUUGAUCAAAUAUCUAUCAUCUGUUUUAAACGCUGUCCUUAUUUACGCUCGUACUUAACUGAGAUAAUCCAUGCAGCCUGGUCUUGCGGUGUUGUCCCGUCUGAAUGGAAGAAAGCAUGCACGAUUCUAAUUCAUAAGAAAGGAGAAACAGCAAACCCAGCGAACUUUCGACCCAUUACUCUCGAAUCUGUCCCACUCAAA